AUGGCACACUAUUUGGAGGACGAUCUCUCCUGUCCUAUCUGUCAUGACAUCUUUAAGGAUCCUGUAGUCCUGACAUGCAGCCACAGCUUCUGUAACGACUGUCUGAAGCACUGGUGGAGAGAGAAACAAACACAGGAGUGUCCUCUUUGUAAGAGGAGAUAUCCAAGGAGGGAUCCACCUCGUAACUUGGCAUUAAAGAACGUGUGUGAGGCCUUGCCACUGCAGAGAGAUCGCAGAUCUUCAGCAGGGUCUGAGCCUCUCUGCAGUCUGCACUCUGAGAAACUCAAACUCUUCUGUCUGGACCAUCAGCAGCCAGUUUGUAUUGUCUGCAAAGAGUCAAAAACACACAAAGACCACAGAUUCACACCAAUUGAUGAAGCUGCACAGGAUCACAAAGACGAGCUCCAGAAAUCCCUGAAGCCCUUACAUGAGAUACUGAUGAUCUUUAAAGAAGUUAAAGGAAACUGUGAUCAAACAGCAGAAUACAUUAAGGUCCAGGCCAAAGACACAGAGAGGCAGAUUAAGGAGCAGUUUAAGAAGCUUCGCCAGUUCAUGAAAGAGGAAGAGGAGGCCAGGAUCACUGCUCUGAGGAGGGAAGAAAAGCAUAAGAGUAAGAUGAUGAAGGAGAAAAUUGAGGGUCUGAGCAGAGAGAUAGCAGCUCUUUCAGACACAAUCAGAGUCACAGAGGAGAAGCUAAAAGCUGAAGACGUAUCAUUCCUGCAGAACUACAAGGUUGCAGUGGAAAGAGUCCAGCAGCACCUCCUGCUGGAUGAUCCAGAGCUGGUCUCAGGAGCUCUGAUAGAUGUGGCCAAACACCUGGGCAACCUGGCCUUCAACAUCUGGUACAAAGUGGAGGAGAUAGUCUCCGACACUCCUGUGAUUCUGGAUCCAAACACCGCUCAUCCAGACCUAAUCCUGUCUGAAGAUCUGACCAGUGUGAGAUGUGGAGAGAGACAAAAACUUCCUGAAAAUCCAGAGAGGAACAAAAGUGUCAUUGUACAGGGCUCUGAAGGCUUUAAAUCAGGCACCCACAGCUGGGAUGUUGAGGUUGGAGACAAUGCAGACUGGAUCCUUGGUGUUGUAAAUGAGUUUGGAAUUUGGGGGAUUGUUUUUUGUGGUGGUGAAUACAGAGUUGUAUCGCCAGACAAAAACGUUGUUCUCCAAGUGAAGAAGAAACUGCAGAGGAUCAGAGUUCAGCUGGACUUCGACGGGAGAAAACUGUCAUUCUCUGAUCUUGACGCUGAAGGAGACAUGUACACCUUUACAGAGACUUUCACUGGGAAGUUGUUUCCACUCAUUGGUAGUAGGGAUAAACUGCCAAUUAAGAUUUUACCAGAGGAGGGGGAGGAUGAUGAUAAUGAUGAUGGUGGUGACAAAGGCAGUGAUAGUGAAGAUGAUGCUAGUGAUGAUUCGGAAACCAAUUAUUAUGAUGACGAUGAUGAUGAUGAUGAUGAUGAUGAUGAUUAG